AAUUAUAAUAAUUAUAAUAAUAAAAAUAAUAAAAAUAAAAUUAUGUGUAUUAAACAAUUUUUUAAAAUAAGAUAUAUUAAUAAAUUUCAGUUUUUAGAAGAUUCAGACGACGGUGAACAAGAAGAAAUGAAUAGAACAUCAUUAAAGAAAAAGAAAAAAACAAAUAAAUCAAAUAAAUCAAAUGUCGAAAAAGAAUUUCAAGCAAAAUUAAAAGAGACUGAAGAGAAAUUUAAAUUAUACCAAGAACAAACAGAAAAUCAAUUGGAUGGUUUGGCAGAAGAAAACACACCAAAAUUAAAAAUCAUUAGAGAGAAUAUAGUCAUUAAAGAUAUUCAGUCCUAUUUAUUAUGGUUAAUGUUAAGAUUUAAAGUUUCAACACCAAAUUGGGUAUUCACCACCAUGUCACCUUUGAUAUCCAAAGUUGUAGUGGUAUCUAUUCAAGGCUUCAGUCAAUUGAUGUAUGAUAAAGUAUGUUUAUUAAGCGGCAGGGAUAUAUUUGGCCAAGUUUUUCAAGAGACUAAAGUAGAGUUACAAUUACCAAACUACAAUCAUAUUUUCGACAAUUUAUUAUUUAUCAAAACACAUAAAGCACCCAGACCCGACCCAUCUUUCAAAAAAGAAAUUGAACCCAAAUCAUUCUAUUUAUUAAACGAUGAGCAGCUCAUCGAAAAUGGUUAUUUUAAUACCAAAGAUUUAAAAGAAGGUUGGAUAUAUAGCAAACAAGUAGAAUCAAUUGUAAAUAUUUUGAAUAACAAGGAAAGUAGCACAUCUGUUGGUGACGGUGCCGAUCAAGACUCUUUGACCUUAAUAAACAACUUGCAUACAGAGGUUAAAGAAAUGUUGGCUAUCGAUUGUGAAAUGUGCAGAACACAAGGUGGCGAGUUAGAACUAACCAGAAUUAGCAUCGUUAAUGAAAAGAGAAAGGUAGUAUUGGACGAGUUCGUUUUACCAGAGAGAGAGAUUAUAGACUACCUUACACAAUACAGCGGCAUCACUAAAGAAACUCUAGAAAAAGUUACAAAUCGUUUACCAGAUAUUCACAAAAAACUCUAUGAAAUUAUAGGUCCUAAUACUGUAUUGGUAGGUCACUCUUUAGAAAAUGAUUUAAAGGCAAUGAAAUUCAUUCAUAGAAAAAUUAUAGAUACCGCCGUUCUAUUUCCAACUGGCUCAUCUGGUAAAUUCCCAUUAAAAUACUUGACAAAGAAAUAUUUAAAUAGAAUCAUACAAAAUAAACAAAGUGGUCAUGACUCUAUCGAGGAUGCCAAAGCUGUAAUGGAAUUGGUUCAAUUGAAAAUUCAAAGAGGUAAAACAUUUGGAACUAAAUUAGAAUCAUCAGAAAGCUUUUUCGACAAAAUUCAUAAAUUUGAAAAGAAAUCAAGUUUCAUAGAUAGAUUGGACGAUAUUAAAACCUAUACAAGCCAAGUAGUAUCAUGUUUUGGAUGUGCAACCGAUAAUGAAGUUAUAGAAAAAACAAUUAAACAAUCAAGUGCAAACUCACCAAGUGAUUUUAUUUGUUGUCAACUAACCGAUUUAAAUGAUCAUUUUAAAGAUUUACUUCCAAAACCAAUUAAUAUAAAUACAGUUUCAAAAUCAAUUAAUAAUACACCAAAUGAAAAAGAAUUAAAAGAUACUCCACUACUAAGUGAAAAAGAAAUUAAAGAAAUUCAACAACUUGAUGGUAUUGAAAUUACACCAAAGGUUAAAUCGAUUGUAUUCCAAAUGGAAAACCAAAUUAAAAAACUACACGAAAAAUUAGAAAAGAAUACUUUGUUAAUGUUAAUUUUAGGCCCAGGCCCAACAAACGAUAUAAACCGUUUCAGAGCUGAGGGUAAUAAGCAAAAUGAUUAUCUUCUUUCUGUCGAAACGGCUAAAGAAGGCUAUGCAUUUUUAACAAUAAAGCAAUAAAUAAAUAGAUAGAUAAUAAAUAUACAAAUAAUAAAUGAAUGGAUUAUAAUUUUAUUU